UGUGACGUCCAUCGUAUCAUCGCAAUGCAAAGUGGUGGAGGGCCGCUGCCGCCCGGUGCCGUCUUACGGGGCAUGCCCUCGGGGACACCGACUUCGCAGCAGCAGCAGCAGCAGCAGCAGCAACAACAGCAGCAGCAGCAGCAGCAGCAGCAACAACAACAGCAGCAGGUUCCGCCACAGCCUGACAUGAAGCUUUCGUCGCAGCAGGCGGCGAUGAUGAAUCAGAACAUCUACUCACAGCAGCCCAUGUUCCGCGGGGCGGGUGGCGGCCAGUCGUCGCGCCCGCGUGGCAUGCCGAUGACCCCGUUCCAGCAGGUGCCGCUGGCCAUCAACUACAUGCAGCCGCUGCAGCGGUUACCGAGCCCGUGGCCAAACAUGAACAACCUCCACUUGGUGUAUCCGCACCCGCAGUACAUGUACUCGGUCCUGCCGAACCAGCACCAGCAGGCGGGCGGCCGCCGCCAGCCGGGCGGGGAGAACAACUUAGUUAAUAUCUCGCAAGUGCCGCUGUCGCAGCCUCCGCAGCCCAACCAGCAGCCAACCCAGAUGCAGGUUUCGCACGAGAUGAUGCAACACAUGCAUCCACCGCAGCAGGCCCAGCAGCAGCAGCAACAGCAGCAGCAGCAGCUGGCACAGCAGCUGGAGCAGCAGCACCCUCAGGCGGCCUCGGCCGCCCAGGUGGCGGUCGUGUCGUCGCAACCGCACGCCUCCUUCUCGCCCAUGCCCAGCAUGCUGGCACCGCCGCCCCAUCUGCAGCAGCAGCCGUCGGGCCCACCGGCCACCGGUGGCACCGGGGGCCACGGCGGAGAACCGGCCGCCAAGCUACCGACGGUGCGCGAGCGGCGCAAGCACGCCAUCCCCAUCAUCAAUCCGGACACCGGGACGGACAUCAUGCAGAACCUGUUCAAAGACUCGCCGAUCGCGUCCUCGUCGGCGUCUUCCUCGUCCGGGUCCGGAAGUGUGUCCACGAGUUCCGCUUCCACCGGGGCGCCGCAGUCAGCUCCUCCACAGCUCGACUCGGACUACUCCGACUAUCCUCCGCCGCCGCAGCAGCAGCAACCGCAGCCUUCGGACCACGGUGUGCCACCAACGAUGGUGGCCACGAUGGCGCCUCCCCCACCACAGGCGCAUCUGCACCUUCAGCCUCCGCCGACGCACGGCCAGAUUCAGAUGCAAAUGGGUGGCGGCGGCGGUCACGAUCUAUCCGGCGGUCGCUCGGUGGUAACGGUGACCAACCAGCAGCAGCAGCAGCACCAACCGCCUCCCACGGGUCCACCUCCUUCGUCGACCCCCCAUCCGCACGACAUGUACGUGGUGGGUGGCCUAAAGAUGGCCCUGGCCAACCAUCACUCCCAUCCGCCGCCCCACCUGCCACCGCACCUAGCGGCAUCCGCCGGGGACAUGACGACGGUCUCGGGCACACCGGUGGUGUCCGCCAUGUCCGACGGUCCGUCGGUGGAAAUUCCCAACAUACAAUAUCCGCCGAAAAAGAAGAAACCAAUGGUCGACGGUGGCGUUGGUGCUGCGGCCAUGCAUCAUUCGCAGCACCAUUCGCAACAGCAGCAGCAGCAGCACAUGAAACAGCAACAAUCGCAGCACCAUUACCAUCAUCCGUCGCAGCAGCAACAGCAUCCGCAGCACUCGCAUCAGCAGCAGAUGCAUGUUCAGCAGCAGCAACAACACCAUCAUCAUCCGCGGCACCAUCAGCAACAGCAACAGCAGCAGCAGCAACAACAACAACACCAUUCGUACGCAAUGCAGGCGGCCGCACAGCAAGCCGCGCAACAAGCCGCAGCAGCAGCGGCGGCCGCACAGGUCCAGGCGCAAGCACAGGCGCAAGCGGCAGCGCAGACGGCGGCGGCGGCGGCCGCAGCGCAUGCCGCUGCCGUCGGACAGGGCAAUCUGCCGGUGCUCGUUGGCGUCGGCGACGGUAGUGAGCUGCCGGUGGCGUUGCAUCACGCCGGCAACUACCUGACGGAGCCGCCACCACUCGUACUGGGACCGCCCGUGACGGCCGACCGGAGAUAUCGCACCACUUCGGUACUGUCGACCGAUGCGGAACCAUUCGUUCCGCCAUCGGCGGCGGCGGCCGUCCCCAUUGCCCCGGUGGCGGUGCCCGUGGUGGCGAACGGUGCGACCUCGUCGGAGGCCCUAGAAGUGGCCGCCGACGCCGACGAUGAACGGAACGCGAACGUGCCGAUCACGGACGGACCGGAGUGUGGCGAUGGCGAGUUGGUCGAUGGUAUGGCGAACCUAGAUUUGGCCAGCGAGGCCAAGACAGAACCGCUAGAGGACAGCGGCGAACAGCAAGAGCUGCAGGAGGAAGCCACGGUGUUGCAACCGGAAGAAGCGGAAGAGCAACAGCCGACGACGACGACGACGACGGAUGAGCCGGUGGCCGUGGAAACGGAGCAAUUGGCGCCGCCACCGAUCGAGAGGGAUGAGACCGAUCGAGCGGCCGCCGCAGUGCAGAGGGAAAACAUUUUAAAUAAGGAACCUAGUGAUAAGCACCUAGAUAAUGAUAAUAUUAUAAAUAACAAUAAUGUGGAGUACACCAGACACUUAAGCACGAUCGAUAGCAGCAACGGUGAAGUGGUCAGCAAGCAGCAGCAGCCGGUGCCGGUGCCUCCAGUAGCGGCGACGGAGGAGCGAUCGACGCCGGAUCGAGUCGAGCAACAGAUCAGCACCGAUCACCAGCACCACCACCCGGAGCGAACGGUGGUAGUCGGGAACAACGAGUGCGGGACGGACCAGAAUGGCGUCGAGGUGGUGGCCCCCGCGGUCGCAGCGACAACAAACGCUCAGGAACAACCCACGCUGGCCACGGUGGUGGUGACCCCGACGAACGGUGGUGCCGGCACCGAGGGGGAACCGAAACCGAAGCCAAGCCUCGUGCCGCCGGCCGUCAAGUCGAAAUCGAUCACGCUGAUCGACUACGAUGCGGACCAGUGGAGCCCGGGCAAUCCGGAUGGGAAGAAGAAGUACUCGAAGGACCAGCUGCUGCAGCUGAAGAACGCGGCGCCGGCCCUCGAGAAGCCGACCAAUCUGCCCAACAACCUGGAGACGGUGCUCGGGCGGACCAACGGCCCGGCCCAACACCUGCACAUGGGUGGCAACGCGUACGGCGGUGGCGGCGGCGGCGGCGGUGGCGGUGGCAAUCAGAAGAUCAACGAGUUCUCGCUGAUGCCGAACUUUGUGAAGAGUGGCGGUGGCGGUGGUGGCGGAGGCGGUGGAGGCAUGGGCCCGAUGCGCCAGGCGUACGUGAAGCGCUCAUCGCAGCAGGGUGGCGGUGGCCCUAGCGGCAGUCAGUCGGGCAUCGGUGGCGGCGGUGGCAUGCAGGCCAACAAGCACUCGCAGUCGGGCAUGGGUGGUGGCGCGGGUAAGGCGGGCUCGAAGGGACCGCCGCUGAUCAAGGUGACCGUGACGCUGAACGAGGAAGUGAAGCUGAACGAGUGUGCCAACGCGUGGCGUCCGUCGCACGUGCUACAGCAGCAACCGGGAGGGGCCGCCGGCAAGGACGCGCAGGGCCAGGACGAGCUGCAGCCGCUGCUGCGGACGUUCCGCAGCAUCCUGAACAAGCUGACGCCGGAGAACUUUGGCAAGCUGAUCGAGCAGGUGAAGGCGCUGAAGAUCGACACGAGCGAGCAGCUGGACGGCUGCAUCCAGCUCGUGUUCGAGAAGGCCAUCUCGGAGCCCAACUUUGCCGAGGCGUACUCGAAGAUGUGCAGCGAGGUGGGCCUGAUCGCGGUGGCCGACCACCAGUCGACGUUCAAGAAGCGGAUGAUCGAGCGCUGCCAGCAGGAGUUCGAGGAGCGAGGGAAGGACCAGGCGAAGGCGACGCGCGAGAAGCACGAGAAGCUGGCGGCGAGCGAGGACCUGAGCAAGGACGAGUACGACGAGCUGAAGCUGCAGCUCGAGGAGGACGAGCUGAAGGCGCGCCGGCGGGCCGUCGGCCUGGUGCGGUUCAUCGGCGAGCUGUACAAGGACGAUAUGCUGCGCAACAAGAUCAUGGUGCGCUGCAUCGAUAUGAUGAUCAAGGAGGAGAAGGGCGGCUACAACGAGGAGACGCUCGAGUGUCUCUGCAAGCUGCUGACCACGAUCGGCGGCAAGAUGGAGCGCGAGGGCAAGGUACAGACUGACGGCGGUGGCGGCCGGGGCAACAAUAGCCAGCAGCAGACGACGGUGCUGACGGGUUACUUCAAGGUGCUGGACGAGCUGGUGCGGAACCGCGACCGGUACCGGAUCAGCAGCCGGAUUCGGUUCAUGAUCCAGGAUCUGAUCGAUCUGCGCAACAGCGGCUGGAUACCGCGGCGGCAGGAUCUGAACCCGAAGACGAUCUCGCAGAUCGCCCGCGAAGCGGAAACGGAACAGAACCAGGUCAGCAUCAUGAACUUUAUGCCGCGCGGCAAGGACAGUGGCGGCGGUGGCAGUGAUAUGCGGCUCGGAUCGCGCAACGCACCGGGCGGACCGUUCUCCAAGCUGUCCAGCGGCGGUGGCAGCGGCUCCAUGGGUGGUGGUGGAUCCAGUGGCGGCCCGGGCUACAAUCAGGGAAGUCUCGGUCGAGGCGAUCGUGGCGGUGGUGGCGGUAACGAUCGGGGUGGCAACAACGCGAAGGGUGGUGGCCGGCUGCAGAUCGACGACGAUGGGUUCCAGAAAAUCCCCAGCAAUCGCGGCAACAACCGCCAGAUAUCGAUCGAUCCAAAGAAGCUGGUGCUGUCGAUGAACGUGGACACGACACAGUUGGGCCGCGCGGCCAACUACCAGACGAACAAGUGGAUGAACAACAAGUUUGCACCGCUCGGCAGCGAAGAGGGUGGACCGGCGGGCGCUGCGAGCUUGGGGUCGAACGCACCCCCCCACAGCAGCAGCAGCGGUGGUGGCGAUCGCGACAGUAACGAUCGCGAUCGCGGCGACCACAGCAAAGGAGGUUACGGAGGAGGCAAAGACUCGGGCGGCGGUUAUCACCAUAAGGGUUCGAUGGAGCGCGAAAGAUACGCACGGUACGGCAGUAGCAGCAGUCAGAACGAGGAUCGCUACUCGCGAUCGUCGCGCGAACCAUCUUCCGGCGAUCGCAUGAUGGACCGCGAUCGGGACCGCAAGAUGGGACCGCCGCCCUCGUCGAUGGGCGGUGGCAGGGGUUCGUCCGGUGGUCCGAACUUGGCCCCACGGCACCUGGCCCAGCAGCAGGCACAACUGCAGGCACAACAACUGGCUCAGCAGCAGCAGCAGCAACACGGCCGAAUGGGUCCCCCGUCGUUCGGCGGUUCCGCCGAUGCUGGGCGUGCAAAGUCGUCCUCGGCGGCCGGCCAGUUCUACCAACACAUUCAGAUUCCUCCUCAGCCAUCAUCGACGAUCACCACGACCACGACGGCCCAGCAGUCGUCGUCGUUGUCGUCGUCAGCGACUGACAAAGGUGGACCGCAGCAGAGUGUGGCACCGACGCCGAGUGGUGCUCCUCCUGCUGCGACCGGUGGCAACGGCGGUAGCCGUGGCCGGUCGUCAUCGUCGUCGUCUGAGACGGGCCGAAGAGGAGGCGGAGGACGAGGGCGGCCAGCGCCGUAUCCGAAGAUCGACGAUCACCUGGAGACGGCACUGAAAAAGCUGACCUCGAAGACGAUGCAGUACGCCAUGACGGGCGAGCUGCCGGUGCUCGUGGACGAGAUCAAGCAGCAGAUCGAGCCGGGCUUCUACUUCGGCGUGCCGCUGUUGCUGCUGCGCGACAACAUCGAGCGCGAAGUGCCGUCCCGCGCGGCCGCCAUCGACCUGGUGAUGGAGCUGCUGCGCGGCAGCAUGAUCACGCGGGCCGACUGCGUGUACGCGCUCGAGCAGCUGCUGCGCGAGGCGGAGGACAUCAUCAUCGACCUGCCGCUGCUGUGGGAGGUCCUGGCGGACUUUAUCCGGCCGCUCGUGCGCGAUCAAGUGAUCACACUGCACGACGUGCGCCACCUGGUGGCGGUUAGCUUCGGGCCAACGAACGGGCACGCCUGGGCGAUGCUGAAGGCACUGCUGCACAGUUACGAGGUCGCGUACGGGCGGGACGCAACGGUGAUGCUGUGGCGCGAGGCGUCACUCUCGUUCGCCGACUUCUACAACCCCGCCGGGGACGACGUGAUCGUGCGGUGCGUGGAGCAGGCCGGUCUGUCGUACCUGCUGGACGAUCCGCGAAGAUCGGAUCGGCGUCGCCCGCCACCAACCGGCGCCGGCGCCGUGGACCCGGCGACGGUGGCCGCCCGGUUACACCAGUUCCUGCGCGACGAGGCCGAGAACAUGGAGAUCUUUGACUGGAUCGAGCAGUACGUCGGGCCGGAGCGGCAGCUGCCGAACGACUUCAUCCGCACGCUGACGACGGUCGUCCUGAAGCACUGCAUCGACGAGCAGCGGCUGGUGCUGGUGGACAUGAAGCGGUGGAACCCGCUGCUGCAGCGCUGCAUCCAGGGCCGGGCCGACCGCGAGCUGCAGUGUCUGUACGCGGUCCAGCGGAUGGUGGUGGCGCUGCAGCACCCGCAGAGUCUGCUGACCUCGAUCUUCCAGAACCUGUACGAGGGCUUUGUGAUAUGCGAAGGGUUCAACCUGUGGAAGGAGUCGCACGAUCCGCUCGAGGCGAACGGCAAGGGCGUCUGCCUCAAGUCGACCCACCAGUUCCUCACGAUGCUCGAGAACGUCGAGGGCGAGAGCAGCGCGGACGAGGACACCUCCACGCCCGUACCGCCGCCCUACUAACAGCGUUCCACCGUGCCCCCCGCGUUCCGGUUCCGGUUCGGUGCGAUCGUGCUCUAGCGGUAGCGAUGAUGAUGCCGAUCACGAAUGAUCAUGUCGCCGCCGAUGGCGGACUUUGUUUUUCGUUUCGUUUCGUUUUUUUUAUAAACAAUACUAUUAUCGUGUAGUGUAAUCGGUGGAUUUAAAGAAGCGGGAAAAGUGCACACAGUGCACACUCCUCACCCAUACACACACACACACACAUACAGACAGCAAAGCGACAGCGAGUCACAGUUCACAGUGCGUGUGUCGUGCGACAACGAUUCGGAACGGACAGACUCCUGUUGUGCGAUGCAAGCUUAAAACAACGGAUUAAAAAAUGAAGAAAAGAACAAAAAACAAACCAAUUGCGGACGUGUGUGUCGCGUGCCGCGACCGAGCGAGCCAGCGAGACAGUCGAAAGUGGACGUAGUAACAAAAGGUGUGGUGUGCAGUUUUUUUUUGUUUUUCUAUUAGUAGUGCGUGUGCGACGGACGGACGGACGGGGGCGAACGGGGCGCGAUCGUGAUGCGAGGUCGUUGUUUCGUUUGCUCUGGACCGCUGCCGCCGCCGCCGCCGCCGUAGGAAGCAACGAGCAGCAGAGUGGAGGAUGGUGGAGCCACACCCGACCAAGGCCGACCGACCCCCUCUGGGAGAAGAGGGUUGUUGUUGCUGCUGCUGCUAAACUAGGAAGACAAUUAAACGGACCCCGGAGGGGCCGGCGAAAGGACACAGUGCGGCCGAUCGCCGCUGUCCUGUCGGUGUGUGCACGGCUCCCUGCUCUGCUGCCGCUCAUUAUUACUACUGAUUGGGGAUACAAACACCUUCAUAUAUUGCAUAAACAUAAUAAUAAUAUAAUAUUAAUAAAUAUGGAAUACCGUUAAGAACAACAUUUAUUUACAUGCAUAAAUAUAUAUUUAUAAAUAACUAUCGAAUAAAGUAUCUGGU